CUUUUUUUCUUUAUUCCAUUGCUUUCUCUCCUUUUCUCCUCGCGCUCUUCCAAAUGCCAAGCUAGAGCCAACGGAGGAGGAAAAGAGAGAGGAACGCACAAAGCUGUCCUCCUCUGCUGCGGUGAAACGAUAAUACUGGUGUCAUCACCUCAUUCUAACACCCACUUUCUCUGAUUAUUGGAUUAUGCUUUUCCUCCUUUCCCAUCACCCAUUUUGUUCUACAUCAUUUUAGGGUUUUCUGUCUCAAUGAAUUAUCCAUCUUUCUUUCUUUUAUUCGUAAGGAUUAUCCACGGAGUUUCGAUCUCUAAGGGUUAGGGUUAGGGUUAGGGCAACGACUCAAAUGGAAGCGUCCGGCGGAAAUUUGGACGCUCACAGGGGUGUUUCUUCUACGACUAGCUCUCCUCAUUCUAGAAGACGGGGAAUGAGUUUAACUGCCCAUAGUAUUCUACGAUCCCCAUUGUCCACGUUGUUGGAAUACACUGGUAUUAUAAGGACCAGGUCCACUCAACCAGAAUCCGACGCUUUAUUAAACGCUGGGGCCUCUGUUGGUUAUCGAGAUCAUGUGCACUUGCGUCUGGAAGACUCUGCAGUGACCCCAGCAGCUAAUGUUGGUAGUGGUGAAGGGGAAGUUUCCAUAAGAAUAAUUGGAGCUGGUGAACAUGAGCAUGAUAGGGUGGGGAAUGUGUUGCCUUCGCCUCUGACAGUUGGUCAGCCGAGUGAGCAAAAUGAAGCCUUUGUGCGGCAGAUUUUAAGGUCAGGUUCUGCAGCAUCGGACUUGGAGAGUCAAGUGAAUUUGAGGAAUGAAAGUGAGGCAGGUGGUGAUCCAGAGGCUGCUGAGGGAGCUGGGGGUAAUAGAAGGGAUUCUUCUUCUCACCAGAGAUAUGACAUACAGCAGGCUGCUCGGUGGAUCGAGCAGGUCCUUCCUUUCACAUUGCUUCUGUUGGUAGUUUUCAUUCGUCAGCACUUGCAAGGUUUCAUUGUUACCAUUUGGAUUGCUGCUGUUAUGUUCAAGUCAAACGACUUUUUACGGAAACAGACAUCACUUAAGGGUGAGAGAAAAGUGUCUGUUCUCAUUGGCAUUGUUAUCUUCUUCGCGCUUCAUGUGGUUGGGGUUUACUGGUGGUACUGGAGCGAUGGUCUUCUAUAUCUAUUGGUGAUGCUCCCUCCAAAGGCUAUACCACCUUUCUGGCAUGCUAUAUUCAUUAUCAUGGUGAAUGAUACACUGGUCCGUCAGGCUGCAAUGAUCUUCAAGUGCUCUCUGUUGGUGUAUUACAAGAACAGCAGAGGCCGAAACUAUCGUAGGCAGGGUCAGAUGCUGACUUUGGUUGAGUACCUAAUGCUACUUUACCGUGCUUUGCUGCCGGCUCCUGUAUGGUAUCGUUUCUUUCUUAAUAAAGAAUAUGGAGGCCUUUUCUCAUCACUGAUGACUGGGUUAUACUUGACUUUCAAACUCACAUCUAUUGUUGAGAAGAUUCGGUCUUUAUUUACUGCCUUGAAAGCAGUAUCCUGUAAAGAUAUCCAUUAUGGAGCUUAUGCAACAUCUGAACAGGUUAAUGCAGCAGGGGAUCUUUGUGCCAUUUGUCAGGAAAAAAUGAUUGUUCCAAUCUUAUUACGCUGUAAACACAUAUUUUGUGAGGAUUGUGUGUCUGAGUGGUUUGAGAGAGAACGUACAUGUCCUUUAUGCCGGGCUUUGGUGAAACCUGUGGAUCUCAGAUCAUUUGGUGAUGGAUCUACUAGUCUAUUUUUUCAGUUAUUCUAAUCUGCCAAUGGGUAUAACCGUGGAAUUUUCUGCUUUGAUGCUUAAAUCCUCAUACAGAGCAGUUGUCUCCUGAUCACCUCGUCUAUAUAGAAAAUUUAACUGUAACUAUUGAAAGUCUUCUUGGUGAUGUUGUAAACUUAAGCUGCAGUCAGCUUGAUCCGUUCGUGUGUUAUAAUGAGAGAUGUAUGUAAUGGGUUCCUAAAGCAACUGGAGUUACAUUUGUGGUCAAUGAUAUGUGCAUAUAUGCAACAGCCAGAUUUAUAUAUGAAUGAUUUUCGAUCUA